ACACUUUAGCAAAAUUGGAUUAAGUCAUAAAAUGUAAGUGGAUUUCCAUAUCGCUUUAAUGUUUGUUAUGUGGCGAAUGUUUGAAAUAAAUAAAUAAUAAUGUUUUAUUUGUUCCAAUUGAUUUCGUUGUUUCAUUUAAAUUACAUUUUAGUAGAAUGUUCGAUAUCUACUGUACCUGAAUUGAUUGUCAGAAAUGUCGACACAAAAGUAAUACAACAAAAACGACAAGAUACCCUCGAUAUGUGCCGGAUCUUCGAGGCCGAAUCCAAAAAGACUGUCUUCAAAAAUUUAGAAAAUGGCGACAUUGAUAAAACAGUACUCAAUAAAUACAGCAAAUCGAAGAAGUAUAAGAGAUCGAAAAGAGACAUUGGAAGGAUGAGUGCUGUCAAUCCAAGCCUGAAUGCAGCAGAUGAGAGAAGAGUGGAGAAUAUCGUUGACAAAUUAUACGAUGAUCUUUUCGAAAAGGGUCAGGAUAUCCCUUACAGAAGGAAACAGUUUCCGAAAUCUGUAGUUAAGAGUAAUGCAACUAAUUUAUCAGCUAACGAGACUGGUCGGCGAUUUAACUUCAAGCCUGCGAUUCUCGAAGGUCCAACUUCACCUAGGACCGUCUAUAUGAAUGAUGGUGAUGAAGUAAAAACGAAGACUGCACGGUUCAAGCACGGCAUCGUCCCUUAUUUCAUCGACUCUAAAACAUAUGACACCCAUCUCGCUGACACAAUAAUGAAAGCUUUCGAGUACUUCGAGAAGGCGACUUGCAUCAGACUCCAGCGACUUCGAGAGAGGCCCACAGACCUUCAGUCUUUGAGGAACGUCGUCUGGCUGUACAUCACGAACCCCUCUGGUAUCAGGCAAUGCGUGCACAGUAAUGAUAGGGUCGAAAUAAAAGGGGUGCAGAUGAUUGUCUUCGGCUACGACUGCAUGACUCUUGGUGAUAUAACGCAUGAGGUGAUGCACGUGCUUGGCUUCUCACAUGAGCACGUGCGCCCCGACAGGGACCAGUACAUCACUAUCCUAUGGGAUAAUAUUAAACCAGGAUAUAGGAAGUACUUUGAAAUCCAGAAGGAGCCCGUCGUUCAGAACUUGCCGUACGACUACGCAAGCGUGCUGCACUACCCACCGAGAGCCUUCUCUAGAAACGGACAAGUCACUAUAUUGACUGAGCCCGGUAUUAAAGUCGGUCAACGUGAAGGCCUAAGCGAAAUGGACGUUGAAAAAAUCGGAGCUCUAUACUCGACUGAAUGCGUCCAACGCAAUAGAGAGUACCUUCUGAAGACCUGCCCGAGUGUGGUGAAGGCUGACCUGAGCCCGCCAUCUGUGACCCAGCAGGAGAUCGAAGACUACUUCGAAGACAGAUUGUGGCCAUUUGGCGUUGUUAACUAUAGAUUUAAAGAUAUUAUGGAAUUUUCAACCGAAGAAAUGGAUAACAUUAAAACAGUAAUACGGCACAUAGAAAAAGAAACAUGUAUAGAGUUCCGAGACCUCACAGUGGUCCAUAAACCUGGAGAAACCAGUACCGAAACAGAGUCCUCACCAGAAGUAAGAGACAAUUUCGUACAAAUAGGUAUGUGGCCAAAUGAAACAAAAAAACAACUACCAAACUUCACGAGCACUGAACUGGAUGAAGAAACUAAUCUUAGAAGUAAUCGAUACAGCGGGGUUAAUGUCACCUUCUUACGCAGCACUGCUAAUCAAGACUCAAAACCAAAAAAGAACGUGACCAAGAAGACCCCGCCUUUACCUUCCAGAAGACACGCUGACAACGUCUUAGUCCUGGCCCGCUCAGCGAUACCUGGCUGCAUAUGCCCACGUACUGGCCACCCUGAUGGCAGAUACGUCCUGCGAAUUAACGCUGACUGCUUCAACUCGGUCAAUGAUCUCCUACACCUGUUCGUACACAUCCUUGGUCUGGACCACCAACAUAACAUGCAUGACAGAGACUCAUAUCUGCAUAUAGUAUGGGAACAACUCACUGAAGGUGUAAUGAAGGAUAUGAAGCAGAAGCUACCACCAGCCGCCUCCGUGGGCUUCGCGUAUGACUACCAGAGCGUGAUGCACUACCCCUGGCUCCAGAUCAAGAACGGACGCACUAACAUCAUGUACCCGAUAUGGAAUGACGGUUGGGCUAUGGGACAUUGGCAAGGAUUAAGUUCCGUUGACGUACAAAAGCUGAAUAUGCUCUACUUCAAGCAGUGCGUCGAGAGGAAGCAGCAAGCCAUGGAGGCAGAAACCCUUAGACGUGGAUAAAUAUAUAUUUCUAAAAUACUCUUAUUUAUUUACCUACCUGAA